AUGGCGGGCAUGAAGCUUCUAGCGAGGGCUGUGCUUCUGAUCUGUGCAGCAGCUGCACAACCUGGACCCAGGAUGCUGAGGGGUUUCCAGUGCGUUGAGCACUCCCAACCCUGGAUGGUAGCACUCUUUGAUGGUCUGAAGUUCCACUGCGCAGGCACUCUGAUCCACGCGCAGUGGCUGGUCACUGCUGCCCAAUGCUACACCAGUCGUUUCCUCUUUGCAAGACUCGGAGAACACAGUCUGUGGCACGUGGAAUGGACUGAACAGUUCAAGAUUGCAACCAAGGCCAUCUGGCACCCUUUUUACAACAGUUACACCAAGGAUAAUGACAUCAUGCUGGUCAAACUCCUCACCCCAGUGCGCAUGAACAAGAACGUCAGGCCACUCGCCCUGCCAAGAAACUGCGUCCCCCCUGGCAGCUACUGCGUGCUUGCUGGCUGGGGCAUCACCAUCCUGCAGAAAGAGUACAUGCCUGAUGUCCUGUACUGUGGAAACAUCACCACCCUGCCUGACCAGGAAUGCUCCAGUGCCUAUCCCACUGUCCAACUGGGGCACAUGCUAUGUGCCACCGUGAAACAAGGUGGAGCUGAUUCCUGCCAGCCAAAAAGAAAAAUACAGGCUUUCUCUCCAAAUAUGUCUCUUCAUACUAGAAAAAUAUGGGUUCUGUUGUUCAUUCAUGGUGUCAUUGUAAUGUCCCUGCAGGGCGAUCCAGGAUCACCUCUUGUCUGUGAUGGUGAACUGCAGGGCAUCACUUCUUGGGGUUUUGAGGAAUGCUCCCACGUGGAAAAUCCCAGUGUUUUUGUCAGAGUCUGCAACUACAUCGAUUGGCUGCAGGAGACAAUGGCUUGGGCUUGACGUCUCCAUGGAAUAAGUGCAGUCUUGCCUGCCCUUCCACCCUAAGAUAAGUUCAUGAAAUAAAGAUCUGUGGAGGCAUAACCUGGUGUACUUUGCCUCUUGGUCUUCAUGACGCUGCAGCAUGUCUCCUGGAAGCACCUCUCAUUUUUGCCCAGCAGCAAAACCUAGCAGCUAUGUGGACAAUUAGGGCUGGGGAAAUGCUGGUUAGGGAAUGCUGGGAUUUGUAGGACUUUUUUCUUUCUAAAAAAAGAACAGAGUUGUGCUUUCGUCAAGUUUUUCUAUAUGCUACCCUGAUUUUGCACCUGUGAAUCCUCAUUCACAGUCAUUUACAGGGGUUUUAUGUGAGGUCACCCCGCCCCUGGACUUCCCAUUAUGUGGGAAGGAUCGUACCAGUGUGGUGUAGUGGUUAAGAGCAUGGGACUGGGACUCAGAGGAUCUGGGUUCUAGUCCCCGCUCAGUCAUGGAGCCAACUGGGUGACUUUGGGCCAGUUACAGACUCUCAGCCCAACCUACCUCACAGGGUUGUUGUUGUGGGGAUGAGAUGGAGGAGGAGAGAUGAUGUAAGCUGCCUUGAGCCCUUUGUAGGAAAAAGGCAGGAUAUAAAUCACAAUAUACCAGUUUGCAUGCCUGUUUUCCACUUCUUAUGGAAACCUGCACUAAUGAACAGGAAGUUAGUUUGAGCUGCACACAGUGAUAGGCAGUGAGCUUGGCUCCUUUUUGAUCUGAUCUGCUGCCCAGAUUCAGGCGUUUGGAGCAAGGCGAUGUGGCAAGCCAGCAUUCCCAGUCCAACCCACACCACUGGUGUUGCAACCACUCCCCCAAAACUGUGCAGAAUGAAGUAGAAGGAUGCCACCCGUCUGGUCUUGCACUCCAACUAUGGCAUGCUCUUUUUCAGAAAGGGAACACAGAAACAAAAUACCCCUGGGAAGCAGCAAGCAUCGAAGGAAUGGCAACGUAGGAGAAGCUUCUCUGUCAUCACCAGGGAAGCUCUGAUCAGCUGCCAAGGAAUGGCAGAGAUCCCUGGGACAUUGAUUUGGAAAUGGUACAUGUGAUCUUGCAAGUCAAGCUCUCUUUGCAUGUGCUAUUACAACCAGUUGACCAGGUGACUCCUUUCUGCCACUUCAUUUGAUAGGGAAAGCCUCCCUGGCUCAAGUAUACGUUUGCUGUUAAAGGUACAGGAGCAGAGUUAGAACUACACCUGACGCAGACCUGCCCAUUGCCGAGUUGUUGUGAGGGCAUGUGCCAGCUGCUCCACACCCACAUAUACUGGCUGAAGGUGGGGCUCAGCAUGCAUUUUGUAGCAUUGACACACAAUAAUCUGAAUCUCAUGCCAGCCUUGGCAGCUAAUUCAGAAGACAGGAUCC